GUUCAAUCACAUAUUCGGGUUCUCAGAUACCGACAGUUAUGGAAAUUUUUUAGGUUAGGUCAACGAUCUUUAAUAGUAUCUCGUCAAUGGAUUUACGGGGAACUUCGUUCUUAAAUUAUUAAGUUUUAACAUCUAGUAUUGCUUUAAUCUUAGGUAAUACAAAAAGUACAAAAAAAUACAAACGUAAAAAAAUUCAUUUACUUUUUAAACAAAUCUUUAUACAAAUCUAUUGUCUACAAACCUAACCUGUCUAUUACCUUUUUCCAAUGAUGAGCUGACAUAAAAUUCUUAGUGUGGAAUUGAUAACAACGAACGAGAAGAUAAAAUGACUCACAAUGAUCCUGUAAUAACAGUUCCCUGGGAAUUGUUAAUGAAAGAAUUGGACAAUAUACCUGUUGAAAUAAAACUGCACUUAACAUCCAUAAUCAAUGUGCUACGAACAUCUGACAAACAAUUAACUUCAGAAAAAUGGAUAAGCGCUUCAGUAACAAGAGUGGAAGCUUGUUUAGAUCGUACAUGGGAGGUAUUGAAUUCAGGCUGCUGGAAAGAUGUGCCAAUAGAAUACAGAUACUGUUAUUCUCUAUGUGUUAUUAUAAAGGCUGUAUUAUUAGAACUUCAGUGCGAAAUAAAUGCUGAAAGUCAUGCUGAUAAAGAGAAGAAAAAGACAGUAUUAAAGAAUAUUAUUAAUCAAAUUGAUAGAGGCAUUCUGUUAGGCGCACCUCUUCCCAGUAUGCCAAAUUUAUUGACAAAUGUUGCCACGAAGUUAAACAACUGUUGUGCUGAAAAAUCUGAUGCCAUAAAUAUAGGAGAUAUUUCAAUUAAUCAUGAGGAGACCAAUUAUUUAAUUUCUAAUCGCCCGGAUAGACAUUUUGAACAACCUUCGAUGCAAACAUUUUACAAUAAAAUUUUUAUGCCAAAGUUACCGGCUGUAUUAACAGGGUGUUUGAAUCACUGGAAAGCACUAACAUUAUGGAAAAAUCCUAACUAUUUGAAUAAAAUCGCAGGAUCUCGGACAGUACCAAUUGAAAUUGGAUCCCGUUAUACUGAAGAAGAUUGGACACAGCAUCUUAUUAAUUUUUCUGAAUUUUUACAAAAACACGUUAUUGCAAAUAAUAGCGAAGUUGGUUAUUUAGCACAACAUCAAUUAUUUGAACAGAUACCAGAAUUGAAAGAAGAUUUUGAAGUGCCAGAGUAUUGCUGCUUUUCGGAUAAUGAGGAGAAUGAUGCGGAUUUGUCAGAAGUUGAUAUAAAUGCCUGGUUUGGGCCGGCUAAUACAGUGUCGCCUUUGCACUUUGAUCCAAAAAAUAAUCUACUUUCUCAGGUAUUCGGCUACAAAAGAAUUAUUUUAUAUUCUCCAGCCGAGACAAAUAAUUUGUAUCCUUAUGAUACUAAGUUACUUAACAAUACUGCCCAAGUAGAUCCUGUAAGGCCAGAUUACGAAAAGUGGCCAAAUUUUCGUCAGGCCAGUGGUAUGACGUUUUACUUAAAGCCCGGAGAAAUGUUAUAUAUUCCACCAAAAUGGUGGCAUCAUGUAACCGCCCUUACUCCGAGUUUUUCGAUCAGUUUCUGGUGGGAUUAAUGUUUAUUUUAUGUAAAUAUGUAACAAUUUAUUAACAUAUAAAUUAGAUUUUUUAUUAUCAAUUAUUUAUUCCUUAUUACAACAUAUAUAAUAUUGUGAUGAAAAUAAUAUAUAGAUACAGUGACUUCAUAUAUACGUAGUCAAAAUAUGAACACAUUUUUUUAUUACAAAUACAAUAUAGACAAUUGAAAAAUAUUUAAAAAUAUUUAUACAAUUCUAAAUAAAAAAGACGUCAAUAAUUUAAGAUUAUGUAAGAAAAUCUAUCUUUCUAUACAAAUAAUUCAUUUUUCUUUACUUACAUAAAAAUAAAAAUUUACGUAAUGCACAUA